AUGCGGCACCUAGCUGCUAAUCUAGUGCAGUCUGCUCAAAACUCUGCUGCGACUCGGAUUGAACUCAUCACCCGACAAUUUUCUGGGAUUGCCGGUGCAUUUGCAUAUGCAGACACUCAAUUGGCUGCUGCAACUGUAGGACUGCUGGGGCUUCUUCUUUUGUUCCAAAAAAAGAUAAUUGCAUUUAAGGAUGUGAAGUAUCCACAUACAGGUGUUGCUAUUGAGGAAGCCAUUACAACUGUUCUGACAGACUAUGGAAUCAAAGAGAAGAUGUUCACAAUAACACUGGACAAUGCAGCAAACAACAAGACAGCUUGCGAUCUUCUGCAAGAAAGCGGAAAGCAAGACAUGUUAUUUGGUGGUGAGCAUCUUCUUGUUAGAUGUUGUGUUCAUAUACUCAACAUUCUUGUGCAAGACGGUAUGAAUGUUGCUAGUGUUGUGAUAGAAUUGAUAAGAGACCUGAUUAGGAACAUUAACUCAUCACCUGCGCGUAUCCAGAAUUUCAAUGAGAUAGCUCAAAGAGAAGGUCUUGCUGCAAAGGCUGGUUUAGUCCUUGAUGUUCCAAAUCGUUGGAACUCAACAUAUGCCAUGAUUAUGGAGGCAGCAAAGUACAAGACCGUCUUGAAGCGAUAUGCCACAGCAAACCAGCAACCAUUUCCAACCGAAUCUGAGUUUAGUAAAGUUGAGUCCAUUGGUGAAUUCCUUGGAGUUUAUGAAGAAACUACCAGGGCGUUCUCAGCUGAUAGAUAUCCAACAUCCCACAUGUUCCUGGAUAAUGUGCUUUGCAUCCAUCAAACUCUGAGAAGUCCAGAAUGGCACAAGGAUCAGUUUUUCACUGAUUUGGCAAAUGCAAUGGAUAAGAAAUUUGAUAAGUAUUGGAAUGGAAAUUACAAUAUGCUCCUUCCUAUUUGCAGCAUACUUGAUCCAAGAAAGAAACUUGACCUCCUUGACUUCUUCUAUGAGAAGGUGUGCAGCAACUUUAUUGACAUUGAAAUUAGCACAAAUAUGGUUAAAGAGUAG